GGGCGCCACUGUGCCACUGUUUACAUCGUCUCCGUAAUAUUUUCGGAUUUAAAAAAGUACUAGUGCAAAUAAAACUAUAUAAACGAAGAAAAGUUAUAAAUAAACAGAAGAUCUUCAACAUACACUGUUGACAGUGUUAAAAACGAGUGUAUAAAACAAUAAAUAAGUGAAAUAGCUCCAAGCUAAAUAAACUUUCCGGUGUCGUUAUGUUGUGACUUUUUUUCGAAUUAAAAGGCAUAGAGUGAUUAGACUGGUGUACGAGGACUGUAGUGCUGUUAACACAAACUGUGGAAACUUUUUAAGAAAAAUAAACAUAUCAUAACCUAUUAAUUCACAUGAAUCAGCAAAUUAAAACCUAGAAACGACAACAACGCCAUCUUUUGCAAUUCGAAAGAACUAAUAGGCUAAUUACUGAUCGAUUCACAGAUCCAGCAGAGCGCUAAUUUGUUAAUAGUUAAUAGAGUGUGCCACGAGAGGGCGUUACUAGUACAAAAACAAACAUUAACAGUAUUUUAACAUGGAUGAAGUUCUAAAAGCACUGCAAAAAAUCCAAAAAGAAUUAGAUGAACAAAAAAUAACAAUCCAGAAAAGCGGGGAAAACGUAACAGAGCAAGUAACGAAAAAUAUAAAUAAUAUAUUAGACGAGAAAUUCAAGUCAUUGGAAGAAAAGUAUGAAAACCUCAAGGAAAAAGUAGAAAAUCAGGAAAAACGACUAUACUUCCUCGAAAAACAAGCGAGACAAAGAAAUAUAGUGCUAUUCGGCCUAAUUGAAACUGAAUCGUCAUACUCCAACUUAGAAAAUAUUAUUUUAAAUUUCAUAAAUGAACACUUCUCUGUAAAGGUAGAUCAUAGAGACAUACAGGAGGCUAAACGAAUUGGGAAAAAAGGGGAAAGGCCAAGACCCAUAAUUAUUACUGUUUCAACACUUGGUGUAAAAAUAGCCAUAUUCAAACAGAAGAAUGUACUUGAGAAUACCCCCUAUUACAUAAAAGAGGACUAUCCUGAGCAUGUCUUAAAUAAAAGGAAAGAGCUACAAGAGCAAGUGCGCAUUGAAAAAGAGAAAGGAAACUCUGUUAGAAUCAAAUAUGACAAAUUAAUAAUUAUGAAUAAGAAAUCUAAUCAUACAUCAAUACAUAGUAAAAGAAUGCUUUCUAACUCUCCAGAAACUAUUAACACCUGUACAAACCCUAGCGAAGAACAUAAAAAGCAGGCCAAUAAGAAAAAUAAAACAGAGAUUUCCAUACAAAGAUCAUCCAGUCUAUCAGAGGGACCAAUCAAACCGGGAAUAUUAAAUUUCUUCCAUAAGCACCCGACUAACACAUCGAAAAAUCAAGACAACAAAACUAAUAACUUAUAAAAAUUAAAGG